AGAGAAAAGCUGACCGUCUAAGCCAAGGAGAGAGGGCUCAGAAGAAAUCAACCCUGCCGGCAUCUUGAUCUCGGACUUCUAGCCUCCAGAACCCUGUUUGACCUCUCUGGGUGUACAAACAUCUGCCUCACAGGAGUUGAUGGGAGCUUUAGAUGAGAUGACCAACGUAAAGCCCCUGGCAUAGAGUCUGGCAUACAGUAGGUGGUCAAUAAAUGUCUGUUCCCUCCUCUCCACUUUCCCCUUCGCAAAUUUGGGGUCAUUACCAUAUAACUUUAUACCCCAAUCGCUGUCAACAAAAAGAGUCACUCUCAGGGUCAGAAUUCAAGAAUUCAUCUUUUUAUCCGAGGCCACGUGAAUCCCCCAGGUCUAGACCUGAGCAGACAAAGGGAGCUGUCUGUGAGAAGCCUUUCUCCAAGGCGAAACUCCAGCCCUACGACCGGUGCCAAAAAAUCGGACUCUUCCUUGAGAACAAGAGAAAAACAUUCUCCAGGAGAAGCAACAGCAAGCGACCUACAGCCUUGGGCCCCUGUUUCUCCGAGUAUUUGUGUGAAAGAGGAGAGAACUGAGCAGAAAAGGAAAAGGCAGAAGGCGCCGUGGUUUGAAGCUGCUGACGUGGUUUGCGAACCAAAGCCGUGUGCUUUGUCAUGUGAGGACUUCUGGAAACGCUUCUGUUGACGCGGCCUUUUCCCUGCCGUUGGCCGGAGCCCUCGGUGCUGGUCCAUGAAGACGGGCCCACCAUGUUCUAUGGGACCCACUUCAUCAUGUCCCCGCCCGCCAAGAGCAAGCUGAGGCGGCAGGGCCAGCUGCUGUCCAGCGUGCUGUCCCGGACGCUGAGCUACAAGUACCGUGACCUGGACGCCACCUGCUCCAGCCUGGGCACCGGCGACGACCCGGCCGAGCUCUCCACCCAGCUCUCGGCCCCUGGGGUCCUGAAGGUGUUUGGGGACAGCGUGUGCACGGGCACCCACUACAAGAGCGUCCUGGCCACCGGCACGUCCAGCGCCCGGGAGCUGGUGAAGGAGGCCCUGGAGCGCUACGCCCUGAGCCCCGAGCGCGCGGGCCAGUACGUGCUGUGCGACGUGGUGGGCCAGGCCGGCGACUCCGGGCGGCAGUGGCAGGCCGAGGGCUUCCGGGUGUUCGGCGACAACGAGAAGCCCCUCCUGAUCCAGGAGUUAUGGAAACCCCGAGAAGGCUUGUCCCGGAGGUUUGAGCUGAGAAAGAGGUCGGAGGUGGAGGAGCUGGCAGCCAGGGACGUGGACACCGUGACGGCAGGGAUAAACGCCCAAGCCCGGAGACUGCAGCGGAGCCGCGCCAAGGGAACCCCAGCCCCGGCCGCGGGGGGCGCCUGGAGCCCCCCUCCACCCCGGCUGCGCCGCACGGUCAGCGAGACCAGCCUGGGCUCGGCCACCGCCCCGCCAUCCGCUGCGCGGGGCCCCGAGGAGCCCGGCCGGGACGCCAUGCGCUGCUCCCUCUACGAGUCUCCCCACCUGCUGCUCCUGCAGGGCUACAGCCAGCAGCACGACAGCCUGGUCUACGUGCUCAACCGGGAGCAGCACACGGUGGGCCAGAGGACCCCCUCCAGCAAGCCCAGCAUCAGCCUCUCGGCCCCCGACAUCCUGCCCCUGCACUGCACCAUCCGCAAGCGCCGGCCAUCGGGCCGGGCGCAGGCGGGGGCGCAGCUGGUCCUGGAGCCCAUCCCCGGGGCGCCCGUCUCGGUCAACUUCUCGGAGGUGGGGGGCCGCGCCGUGGUGCUGCGCCACGGGGACCUGCUCUCCCUGGGCCUGUACUACCUGCUGCUGCUGAAGGACCCAGCGCAGGCCCAGCCCCUGCCCGCCCAGGCCCUGGCCCGCCUCCGGGCCGUGCCGGAGAGCUGUAGGAUGUGCGGCGCCCCGCUCCGGGCCCGGGGCGCCUCAGUCUCCGCGGGGCCCGUCCCGCCCCGGCCGCGGCCGCUGCACCUGGAGUUCGAGCCCGACGUGGAGGACGCGCUGCUGCAGCGGAUCCUGACGCUGGUCGAGCCGGGCGGCGGCGACCACAAGCUGACCCCCGCCUUCCUCCUCUGCCUCUGCGUCCAGCACUCGGCCGCCCGCCUCGAGCCGGGCUCCUUCGGGCGGCUCCUGCUCAAGAUGGCCACGAUGAUCCGAGAGACCGUCUGGGAGAAAACCAAAGAACUCGCCGAGAAGCAGGCGCACCUCCAGGAGCCCCUCUCCACGGCCAGCUUCACCAUGGCAGGCCUGGUUCCGGACCUGCAGCACAUCCUCUUCUGGAUGUCCAACUCGGUCGAGCUUCUGUACUUUAUCCAGCAGAAGUGCCCACUCUACAUGCAGAGCCUGGAGGAGGAGCUGGACGUCACAGGCUCGAAGGAGUCCCUGUUCUCCUGUGCCCUCACGGCCAGUGAGGAGGCCAUGGCAGUGCUGGAGGAGGUCGUCCUGUACGCCUUCCAGCAGUGCGUGUACUACGUCUCCAAGUCCCUGUACGUGUGCCUCCCGGCCCUGCUGGAGUGCCCCCCCUUCCAGCUGGAGUGCCGCGAGAGCUGGGGCUCAGCCCCUCAGCUGCCCGAGGAGCUGCACCGCGUCGUGUCCAUCUACCAGGCCACCCUGGACCUCCUUCGGCUGCUGCAGGUGCACCCCGAGAUCGCCGCCCAGGUGCUGGCUUACCUCUUCUUCUUCUCCGGCACGCUGCUCUUCAACCAGCUCCUGGACAAGGGGCCCUCUCUGAGCUGCUUCCACUGGCCCAGAGGCGUCCAGGCCUGUGCCCGCCUGCAGCAGCUCCUGGAGUGGACAAGGAGCGCCGGCUUUGGCGAGGCUGGAGAGCGCUUCUUCCGGAAGCUUUCCUGCACGCUCAACCUGCUGGCCACGCCCAGCGCCCAGCUCGUCCAGAUGAGCUGGGCGAACCUGCGGGCCGCGUUCCCUGACCUGAGCCCCGCGCAGCUGCACCGCCUGCUGACCCAGUACCAGCUGGCCUCGGCCAUGGGCCCCAUGAGCGCCUGGGAGCCGUGUGCCCAGGACAGCCCCGCAGCCUUCAAGUCAGAGGAGGUCCUGGAGUCCUAUGAAAACCCCCCACCCAUCGUUUUGCCGAGCGAGGGCUUCCAGGUGGAUCUGGAGGCCGACUGCCCAGACGACAGCCUCCACCAGCACCUCCUCUACAUCCGCCACUUCCUGUGGAGCCUGCGGAGCAAGCCCAGCCCCGGCGGCGGGCCCGCCCAGCCGGAGUGUCUCCAGGGCCCGCACCACACCAGCCCCGAGGGCCACCCUGAGGACCAGAGCCGCCCCCUGGCUUCCAGGGAGCCCGGCAGGGGAGCCCGUGAGGCCGGCCCGGAGCGCCCUCCUCCUUCCGCGGGGGACCCGCAGGCACACGGCCCUCUGGGAAGGCCGCCCGGCCGCGUGAGCCGCGGGGGCCCCCAGGCCGGGGACCCACAUGGGGACCCCUCGUGCCUGCUGACGCCGCCCGGCACCCCGCUCAGCCUGGAGCCCACUGUCCCCGACUGGCCGGAAGCCAGCGGUGCCUGCGGGGAAGUGCUUCUGGGAGGGAGGAGGAGCGGGCUGAGCGGCCCGAGGUGCACAGCCCCAGAAGCUAGAGCGCGGCCCCUCUGGGCUGGGCAUGGGCCUGAUGGACGGGAUGCACACGCCCCUGGGCGCCCCAGGGCUCUACAUCCAGACCCUGCUCCCGGGGAGCCCCGCAGCGUCCGACGGGCGGCUGUCGCUGGGAGACCGCAUCCUGGAGGUGAACGGCAGCAGCCUGCUGGGCGUCAGCUACCUGAGAGCUGUGGAUCUGAUCCGGCACGGGGGAAAGAAGGUGCGGUUUCUGGUUGCCAAGUCAGACGUGGAGACGGCCAAGAAGAUCCGCUUCCGCACGCCCCCUCCCUAGGCGCCGUGCAGGGGCGGCCCGGGCACCUACACCUGUGGCUCCCAGACGAGGAAAGUGGAGCACAAUUCUGUCAUUUUCUACGUCAGUCGGCCAGCGCCCUAAAUGCUGUGAGGACAAUCCGACAGAACCCAAGCUCUGGAAGCGGCCACCCUCGCCCGCCCUCGGCGCGGCUGCGGUGCGCGCCCGGCCCAGGUGAGUGCGCCCUGCUCGCGCGCCAUCCUCCGGGCCGCAGCCCAGCCCGUGUCCUCCCGGCCUCCGAGGCCCCGGCGGCCCUGCCGCUGCGGCCGACACGCCUGGGACAGCCCGGCCCCGCCGGAUUCGAGCUCGGGUCGUUGGACUGGACUCAGCCCCCACAGAAGUCUACCCUGCAAAGACAAUGGUAAGGGAACGUUUCUAGAGCGGCCUUGGCUCUGUGUGAAGCUGGGAAAAAAGUCCCCUCAAAGUCCGUAUUCUCAAACUGGUUCGUAGGAACGUUUAAGACCCGAACUUGCAAUAUCUGAACGAACGACGUGAAAAAACUGAAAGCUGAGCAUUAAUUGGCAUUUGGCAAAUUGAAAAAAAGCAUUUUCUCUAAGUGUCACAUCCUCAGCCCUGGCCUCCCUGGACCCAAGUCCGGAGGGCCAGGCAGGCCCGGGCCGGGGCGGGAGAAGGGCGUCGCCGGGGCUCGCAGGGCUGGGUUGGUCCCAUCCUGGGAGGGUCAG